UUUUGAUUUGGUCGAGCAGAAACCAACGCGAAUUCUUCGUGUCCGCCAUGAUGGAUUCGGCGGUACAGUUUUGUUUAUUUAUUGACGAUGUUGCGGCGCAUAGUGGUUGAUAGAAUCGCGAUUCCUCACCACUUUUGAAUUGUCAUGUGUUCGUGAGUAAGAAAACUGUUCAUAUUUCUGAUCAGCCUGCUAACAAACGGGAUCAACGGGGCUGAAUUCCGUCAUAACGACGGCUGAUCAAUGAUCCGUUGUCUGUGGCAGGAGUUUUGUCAGCUUCCCGCAACAUUUCACCAGGAACUACCACACUACGCAAUGACCCAAUUUCUGCGGUCAAAUCCUCAUGAUUGUCACAGUGUUAUGAGAAUUACGGAGUAUUCCACUCUGUUUGUUCAAUUGAAGAGGAGACAUUGAGUUGAUGACAACAAAACAAGGAAAUUGAACUCUAAUCAGAAACUUUAAAAAGUCUAGUAACUUUCAACCUUGGCAAAGUUAGUGAGCAGCAAGUGUAGCCAGCUGAGUUGAUUGAAGUUGAGCAGAACUGUUCCGGGGACAUUCGUGUCACCAUGUCCAGCAAUUCCACAAAAAAGAAUGACAAGAUCAUUCUACGAUUGAUUCAUCCUAUGAAUGGUAACAGCAAGGAGUUCACAUUCACUCCAAGUGAUUCAGCUGCCGAUGUAGCACAAUAUGUGUUUGAGAACUGGCCGCAAGAAUGGGAAAGUGACCGUGUGUCAUCUGCAUCUAUUCUUCGUCUCAUAUAUCAAGGCAGAUUUAUUCACGGAAAUGUCACCUUAGGAGCUUUGCAACUUCCAACCGGCAAGAUUACUGUCAUGCAUCUGAUGGCAAGAGAAACUUUACCGGAGCCUAAUUCACAAGGUCAAAGGAAUCGAGGCAAAACAGAGGAGAGCAACUGUUGUGUACUUGUGUGAUGUCACUGCGCCCUGUCCUCCGUCUGUCUUCAUUGUCAUCUUGGUUGCCGUCACCUCCAUCCUUAUCAGAGAUUCCUAGGGCCACAUGACCUCAUUUAAUUGACAAAACUAGCACUGAUGGUGUCAACAGUCUUAUUCUCUUGACAUUUGACCGGGACUUUCUGUGUGAGCAUCUUCAAGAUGCCUGCUGUCUGUCAUGUACUGAGUGCCUGAAGGAGGUCAUCCUUACUCAAGAAUUGUCAUAAUGGCCUCAUCACUGCUUCUUUAGUCAUUCCAUCAUCACUUGAAGGUUGUGCAGGAAAUUUGUUCCGAACCUUUCUGUGUUGUUGAAGUUUAGAAAUUUAAUCAAGAGUAUGUUGGGACCAGAAAAAAAGGAGAUUCGUAAUUCACAAUUUUGGCCAGUGUUACAUGAUUUCAUAAAGAACUGGUACAUUUGUGUUAUUUACAUGGAUUAUUUCAUGAAUCAUAGGAUUUAUCCUGGGAAUGUCUAGUCAGUAUUAGAAUAUGAUUUACAUGAAAUAGCAAACGUACCACUUUAAAAUGUUCUGGCCAGUUUUGCUGUUUUUGGUUUAAUACAUCAGUUAUGAAGAAAUCAUUCUGAUACCAAAUACACCUUUCCUCAAUGUAUGUAAUGAAGUCCACGUUUAGUGUCAGAGUUUCAAUGCAACAAUGAGUGAUACAAUGGGUGAUUGCAUGUAGGGAUUGCCCAAAUAGCUAGUCUCUCCUCAAGCAGCACCCUGGCUAUUUUAAAUGUAUAUGAGUGGGGCAUAGUAUAGUCUUUACCUCAGAAAGGUUUGCAGUAUGAAAUGUAUAUAAUGCAAAAAAAAUAAAUAAUGAAAGCAUGGAUAAUUCUUUACCAGUUGACUUACCAAAACAAGUGCCAUAUUUCUUCAGAAAAUGAGCUUGAAAAUGGAACAAAAUUCAUGAUACAGUUCAUUAAUUACAUCCAUAUUAUUGAGAGACACCUGUCUCUGUCCUUUGUGCUUUUCACUUUUCAGUAUAUUUCCACAUUCUGAAGAAACAUGGCAGUUGUAUGAAUGGUCCAAUCUACAUGUGCACCCAGUUCAUGUCAACCGGUAUCGCCUAUCAAUCAUCCCUACAAAGCUUGUUUCCGAUACCUCUCUGUCAUCUGAAUUUAUCCUUGUCGAUUUGAUUAUCCUUCUUUUCCUACAUGUACAUGUAGGACGCGUACUCCUGUAUGGAUGUGUUGCAAGAGUCAUGCAUUAUUAGGGAGCUGUUUUCACUGAUGUUACUACCAAAGGAAGAUUUCAAACUAUUAGGAACUGACAAUGAUGAUUCAGACAAUAGAUUGUGUUUGCUUUUAUGUUGUCUUUUGAUGGUUUUAAGUCCUUUUUGCUAGAUAUGGUAAUGUAAAUGGUUUUAGUCAGUCAUUUUUCUCAUUCAUUGCCAGAUAUAAAACAUGGGCUGUGUGUACCAAAGUGUAGGAUAGUUUCUUCACAACACGUAGGACAUGCACAUGAGAUGUACAAGUGUUCAACCUUACAUUCCCAAAAGUGGCAUUUCUUUCCAUGAACAUAAUGUAUUUGUGAAAGUGGCACUAAAAGCUGAUGACAUUUCACCUGAAAAUAUCUGUCUGCAAAUCAAAUGUUACCUAAGUGAAUCAAUGUCCUUAUUAAUUAUGUGCAAGACUGGGACCUCAGAGGCAAAGAUGCAAAUGUACCCAGACUUAGGUGCAACAGAUUUGUGCACAUUCCGUUGAAAAUAUCUUGUACACACUCGGUACCAGGCACAUGUGUUUACCUGUACACUCACCUAAUGCGCCUAUUCUUGGCUCAAAUGAAGCAGGCCAAACAUUGUCAUUUACCUUUUGUCUGUCACAUCUACACAGCAAAUAAGUCAUUUAUAAGAAAUGCAACUAGAAUAUCGUUAAAUAUCAGGGACACUGUGUACGUAUGUCGUGUAUAAUGGACAUAGAUGGUAUUUCAAUGUCUAAACAAGGUUUCCUAUACUAUAAGCCUGUGUAACAUUGGGUGAAUAUUGUCACACAUUUAUAAUUGAGGCUGGUGUAAGUAUCAUUGGAUAGUACACAGAUAAAAUAAUGAUAGGAGUGUGAGUGAUAUGGAAUCAAGUGUAAAGACCACAAACUGGUGUUUAUGACUAAAAAUAUUAUUGAAUUUGUGUCCUUUAUUGUUUAAUAUUUCAUAGACAUACCUUGUGAAUUUUCCCUUUUGGAAAUUAAGUUAUCAUGUCCAUCGUUCUACAUGAUCAAGUCUAGGUAUAUAGGCAUUUGAUCUAAGAUUGAUGAUGCUAUAGAAGUAUUACGUUCAUCCCCAUUAUGUUGUCAGUGUUUGGUCAGAAAUUCUGAAAGUGUGAUAUCCUCAACACCGUGUAACAUGAAACCAGCUGGACCUUUUUUUCUACUGUCAUGAUUUCCAUUCUACAGUUCAUUUCCUGUAAUACAGUGUGGGAAAAAAAGGCAUAUCAUUGCUGGCUGCCUACCAAACAUUGACUUCAGUUUCUUUAUUGAUCUUUUUUUUCUUUCAAAUAGUGAUGAGUGUGUUUUAUAAUUAGAUCAACUCUGAAUCGCAUUGUUCAGUCAACUGUUGAUAGACAGAAAGCAGAUCAUUGUUUUCCCCUAAAGUAAAUAACAAUUCAGCCACUUUCUGUGAAUUGUAUGUUUUUGAGGUUAUUAUUGUUUUUUUGGGUGGCACAAAUUGAUGGAUGAAGUUAGUAUCAUUUGUUUGAUGUUGUACACUACUUGAUGCACCUGCUAUUGUUAAAACCUCUCAUUCUCACUUUACUGUUUUGUUUAUGUUCUCAACUAUUUUGGGCUUGCUUAACUCUAGUUAAUAUUCUUUUGUGGAUUAAGCAGAUGUGAGUUUGAGAAACACAUUUUCACAAAUCGAGACUUAUUUUGAGAAAAUAAUUGAUAAUAAUCCUAAACCAUUACCUUAUUUUCCCCAUAUCUUGUUGAACAUGUCAGUUCCUCUCGGCACAAAAAAAUGGGGAUAGGUACAAAUACUUUGGGAAACAAGACUGUCCGUAAUGAUGAGCGUAUGAUUUUUGCAGUCAUUUUGUUAUACAUUCUCAUUCUUAGUUGAUCAGUAAGAGUAUAGUCCUAUUUGUUCACUGGAAUUGAAGAAAUGUGUUAGAAUAAUUGUAUGCCAUUCUUCAAGUAUUGCGAUAGUGUCUUAAAUGAUUGUUUGGCCCCUUUUUAUUUGUUUACUUGUCUGUUUUUCAUUUUGCUUUUGGUUAUUUGAAUUAUGUUCUUUUGGAGUAACAUUUUAUUGUUCUUUUAUUUCCUGUCAUUGAGCAUUUAUGAUGGAAUAUUUUCAGUAGGUAUGUACUGCCCACUGUUAAGGAGCUAGUCGGGUAUUUCAAACAAGGAAGGUCAUUUGACAAAACGAGCAGAUGGGGCUGAAGUCACAGGGACUUCCAAAUGACCUUAGAAGUCACAGGGACUUCCAAAUGACCUUAGAAGUCACAGGGACUUCCAAAUGACCUUAGAAGUCACAGGGACUUCCAAAUGACCUUAGAAGUCACAGGGACUUCCAAAUGACCUUAGAAGUCACAGGGACUUCCAAAUGACCUCAGAUGCGUUUCAUGUUGGGCCUGUGCCCAUUCCUCAUGUAUCUGACGUGAUAUUCAUUCCCCAAACCCACAGUUAGGUUGACAGUGUGAAUUAGUUCCAGAACACUUCACAGUUGCUUUGUUUCUAUUGCAGUGUCUUCUACAUGAUGAAAAUGGACUGUCUCUGUUUUUCAAUCUCAUUUCAAUCCACCAAGUCUCUUGCAGAGGCAAAUUGAAGUUGGUUGUAACAUGGAGAGAGAUUAGUUAAUCCAGUUUUCACCAUAGGUGUGGAGUGUUGCAGAUUUACCAAUGAAUGUGUAUCUACCAUUCAUUGAUUAUUACAUUGGUCCAAAGUAUUAUUCGUUUGGGUUUGAUUUUUGCUAUUUGGUUAGGUAUUUAAUGAAUGAAGUGUGUGAAAGGAAUGAUCCAUCACUAGGAAUUGGUGAAAGAAAAUGGAAGAAAAGGAAAUCCAAAUAAGUUGUAGAAUUUGUGUGAAAAGUUAACUUACAGUUUUGAAUACUGAUGUUGGCUACAUGAUUAAAAACAAAACAGCAUAGCUAAAAGAAAAAUAUCUUAGAAGUAAAGUAAUUAUUACAAUACUUAAAUUUAAUGCUGUAUGCAGGCUGUUACUAAGUCUAGGCAACCUGCUUUUGUCCAGAAUGGACUUUGAAGUGAUUACAUUUAUUAACUACACACAUAUAUUGAUUAUUUCAUCAAAAUCUGGGCCAUAAGGACAGAUUGUGCAUGCUCAGAUGACCACAAUACACAAGUUGGAUUCUUUGACACGUGAAAUUUCAAUGGGAAUGGGAUUAAAUGGUAGCUUGAUUAGUUCUUUUGUAAGCUGUGGAUAUGAUUUAAAUUCAGAUUUUUUAAAUGUAAUAAAAAGGUUUGUCUGCAAUGUCAGUGUGUAAAAUAAGGUUAUGUUGGAAGACAUUGGUUCAUAGGAAUGCUAAUUAUUUUCAAUUAUUUUUAUCCAGAAAUGAUGAAAACAAGAAAUAAACAUGUAGAUCUAUGUCUUUGCUAGUGUAACAUUAGUCAUGUAAAUAUUUGUCCAUUAAUUUGUUUGGAAUUAAACUUGUAAAAGUUAAAUGGAUCAGCACCUAAUAA